AAAAGUUCGACAAGUAGUAUUGUGUCCUUCUCUCCCUCUCGUACAACAAGAAGAACGUAGUGGUACUUCAGUACGACAAAUCGAAGAUCUCCAUAGUUUGACUUCUGCACACUGACACAAAAAAGAUGGGUUGUGGAGCGUCUAAGGCUGCGGCACCUGCCGCUACAGCACCAGCUGCACCAGUUGCAGCAUCGACUGAAGCAACAGGAGCACUUGCAAAGGAAGCUGCUCCAGCUAGUAAAACAAGUCCCGCUGCCACGACAAAGGAUAGCAACAAGGAAUAUCUGACCAAGGUGUUCCAUCAAUUCGAUACCGAUUUCAACGGCGUGAUGUCGAAGAAAGAACUGAAGCGUGCUUUGCGGUGUUUGGGGCUCAAGAGUCUGGUCGCUGACAUCGACGAAGUCUUCGCGAAGUUUUUGAAUAAGUUAUGGGAGACUACAAACUAGGGGACUGAAGGACGUGGACUGUAGUGGUAGAAGUCGUAGGUGUAGUAGUGGUUUCUCUUUCUACUUCUAAUCCCUCCAGCCUCCGAAACCACUGACGCCGACGUGAUUACGGUGGACCAAUGGGUCGAGUUCAUCCCGAAAGAGAUGUGCGAGAAGAUUGAAGGAAGACUCAACGAUCAGGACAUGGUCGAGGGCUUCUUACCUUUGGUGGAUGUGGCUAAAAUCUUCGAGCAAUUCGACACAGACGGAAGCGGAACGCUCACAGUCAAGGAGUUGAAGAGAGCUUUGGCGGCUUUGGGUAAAAAUCUUCAGGUCCACGUGCUUGUAUGUUGUACUUGUAGGAAGUGACUGAAGAUACUGAAUCGGAAAUUUGAAAUAAAGCAAAAAUAUCAGCUAAAAUAUCCUAGACCUAGAAUUUCGUCGGAAAGUUGGCAACAGGGACAUAAUAUGCAUGCAUAUCCAUCUAGGAUUUCGUAGAACCAGAGUUGGCCGAUAUGCUCUAGUUCAAGUAGGACAGGAAGUAGUUUUUCGGCACGGCCAUGGCCAACAAGAACAUCUUCUAGAGCUUCUACGAAUAGGAUUCGUGGAACCAGAGUAGGCCGAUAUGCUCUAGUUCAAGUAGGACAGGAAGUAGUUUUUCGGCACGGCCAUGGCCAACAAGAAGAACAUGAUCUUCUAGAACUUCUACGAAUAGGUCAUGAGAUCAUCACUCUAGUAAGCCACACCACAUCAAACAUAGUCACAAAUUCGAAUAACAGGUUUAAAGGAAGAAUUGCAAGCUGCAUCUACAUCUGAAGGAGCUGAGAAGUGGGCUGAGAUGCUAAACGCGGACGACAACGGUGAAGUCAACAUGGACGCCUGGAAGGCUGGACUUUCAAAGGACUUUUUGCGCAAAAUCUCCACCAAGUUGGACGAUCGUGGUCUCGUUGCUAGUUUCAAGGACGACGGACGCAAGCGAAAAGAGAAGACAUCAAACGAAGAAGCGCCUGCAAAUGCUCCGGACGAAGCGCCAAAGGUGGUUGAGGAAGAAGCUCCUGCAGAAGAAGCGGCAGCAGGAGAAGCAGCUCCAGCAGAGGGAGAGGCUCCGCCGGCCGAAGAGUAA